AUGAAUUCCGAGCUAUCGGAUAUUCAACCUACUUUCUGUGUUCAGGAUGCAGUUCAUUUUCCCAGUUAUCAAGAAUGUAUGGAAACUGAUCAACCACCAUACUAUGAUGUGGAAAUGCUCGAUGAAUAUAUUCGGGAAAAUGAAAUGGACUGCACCGAAAACCAGAAUUCUCAUUAUCCUAUGAAUAGACAAAGAAUACCAGAGGAAAUGCUUGGUGAUGGUAUGGUAGAAUGUGAUGUAAUGAUGAAUGAUGGGAUGAACAACUAUUUCCCUAAUGAAUCAGAAACUUCACAUUAUCUUCAUGACGGAUAUCAGCCAGUACCACCUGAACUGUUUGCGCAGUAUGAAGUUCCAAAUCAUGUUGUACUACCGUGUCAAGCGAAUGGUAUGAUGAUGCCUAUGCAUACGCAGGAUAUGGUUUCCAAUAUGAUGCAAUUUGAUCCUCAAGUUGGCAUUGAUUAUGGUAUUUCUGACCACAGUAUGGUACCAGAUCAAAUAGCGAAUGCUCCACUUGUAUAUCAAGAGCAUCCACAAGAGUAUCUUCAAACAGCUUUGUCAUCAGCAAACUUGAUGGAACAGCAAAAAUCUAUCAAUGGAUCAGCGAACGCCAUGCAACCUAUGAAUGUACUACCGGCAUCUAUCAUUUCCCAUCAUCAGCAACAGCCGUCCACUUCGUCGUAUGUUCAUGGUGUAAUGGUAGCAUCAACAGGCGUGCCUCAGCAGACCACGAGUAUAGCGUAUUCUCAGUUACCCUCAACAACCAGUGCUCUUUACGUUCCAUUUCAACCUCAUCACAUUCAGCUCCAACACCAGCAGCAACAAAUACAACAACCAUCACAGAGCAUUUCAUAUUCGCGCUAUCCUCAGCAAACAAAUCAUCAAUAUUUGCCUCAACAUCAGUCUGCCCAGUCUCAACCGCCAUCAUCACAGCAGCAGAAUCCCUCAGAUUCUACUUUUCAACGACCUAACCCUGCUCAACAACAGCAAUUUCAUCCUAAUCAAAACUUUCCAAACUUGCGACGUAACAAUCAAAAUAGCCAUCCUAUUCAGCAACCUUUACCAAAGCACGCAGUACCUAAUUCUAACUAUAGUUUUACGCCGUCUAUUCCUCCCCGAAAAGUGAUGACAACAGUUGUUGGUGGAGUCACUACUUAUCAUCCGGUUGUUCAUCAAGGGGUCGUGUACUUGCAUCCUGGUCAUAAUCAUGUUGAACUAGAUCCGUCAAAGCAACUUAUCUGUCGCGACCAUGAAACUGCUCCUGUUUACAAGUUGACUCAUGAACUCAUCAAAACUUACAAAAAGAUCAAUGAAAGUUUUUAUAAAAAACGAGCAAGAGCAAGGCAUGAACAACUCAAAGAUGAACUUAUGCGUCUUCAUCCUCCACACAAAGUUGAUCAACAAGUUGGUCAAACAUCUGAUCUAACAGAGGAAUAUUAUAACAACGGAAAAGCACUUCCACAUUUUGAUAUAACAAUCCCUCAAGCAACUCAAGUUGUUGUUCCAACAUCAUUACCUUCAUCACUUCCGGAAUCAAUUCAAAAACAUAUUGAAGUGAUCAAAAUUCGCCAGCCAAGCAGGACUGGUCCACACAAUGGAGGCUAUGAUGAUCAGAACUUUGAUUAUAUCCUGAAGGAAGGCGAAAUUCUUAACAACAGAUAUCGAAUUUAUGCUGAUAAGCCAAUAGGUAAAGGUUCAUUCGGACAGGUCACAAGAGCAUUUGAUAGCGUUACAAACGAAGAUGUAGCCAUCAAAAUCAUCAAAAACAAGAAAACAUUCUUUGAUCAAGCUCAAAUUGAGAUAAAGAUUCUUGAAAUGAUGAAUGCACACGAUCGUGACAACAAGUAUAACGUUGUUGAACUUAAAAGUCAUUUUGUGCACCGAAACCAUUUGUGUCUUGUUUUUGAGCUGUUAUCAAUCAAUCUGUAUGACUUGUUGAGAAAUACAAGUUUCCGUGGCGUAUCGCUGAAUUUGACACGAAAAUUCGCGCAACAGUUGACCAAAACAUUGCUGUUUCUAUCUCAGCCUGAUCUUUCUAUUAUUCAUUGUGAUUUGAAACCCGAAAAUAUCUUAUUGAUUAAUCCAAAAAGAUCUCAAAUUAAAAUAAUUGAUUUUGGAUCGUCAUGUCAAACGGGUCAUCGAAUCUAUCAAUAUAUUCAAUCAAGAUUUUAUCGAUCUCCUGAAGUACUGUUGGGUAUCGAUUAUGAUACAAAGAUUGAUAUGUGGUCUUUAGGAUGCAUUCUUGUUGAAAUGCAUACUGGAGAGCCAUUGUUUGCCGGAGCAUCAGAAGUUGAUCAGAUGAUGAAAAUUGUGGAAGUAUUGGGUAUUCCACCAAAGCAUUUGUUAGAUCGUGGUACAAAAACUCACAAAUAUUUUGAUAUGAUGGAAGACGGGUUGUACUAUUGCAAAAAGAUUAGAGAUGAAUAUAAGAAUAACUAUAAGCCUCCUGGAUAUCGUAAGCUGCAAGAUAUUCUUGGUGUUUCAUCAGGUGGACCGGGUGGUAGAAGAGCUGGAGAAUCUGGACAUUCCUUUGAAGAUUAUAUGAAGUUCAAGGACUUGAUCAAGAGAAUGUUGCAUUUCGACCCUGCCAGCAGAAUAUCUCCUUACUAUGCUGUCAGGCACCCGUUCUUGAAACCACGUCCACAUGAAAUUGCUGAACAGCAAGCUCAAACUCAUGUGAGUAGUAAUGUGAACACCAGCAACGUUCCAACUGCUCCUGAUUAUCCGCCAGACUUAUUUGGAGGUGAAAUGUACAAUUCUGGUUAUAAGAUGGCAUCUCAUCCUCAACGCGUGGAUGAUCAGCAGUUCGUACAGUACUCUGUUCCGCAGACUGAGUCUUAUGUUCAACCUACUGCUCAACCAAACGAAUACUAUAAUCGAAAUGGCGGCUAUGUUCACGAUGCAAGGAAAGUAUCCAUGAACAUUCAUGGUCAUCCUACAAACUCGUUCAACUAUCUCAUCAAUCAGCCUCGACAAGGAUAUUCAAAUGGACAGCAUUAG